CUGCCAGGAUCGGCCGGAGUGGGAGGUCGCUGCGGAGUUCGUGAUGGCGGCUAUCGGGCUGAUCAAGAAGGGCGCCACCGGCUGCUCCCGACGCUGCUUCCUCGGAGGCUUGUCAUUCUGGCGGCGGGGCUGCGCCGGGCUCCCGGUGGAUGAUACGGUGAAUGGUUUGAACGCGGAGCAGCGGCAGCUUAGGCAAACCAUGACCAAAUUCUGUCAGGAACACUUAGCUCCAAAGGCUCAAGAAAUUGAUCGGGAUAAUGAAUUCAAAAAUAUGAGGGAAUUCUGGAAGAAGCUCGGGGAACUAGGAGUUCUGGGAGUAACAGUUCCAGUUGAAUAUGGUGGAUCAGGGAUGGGCUAUCUGGACCAUGUAUUGAUAAUGGAAGAAAUAUCUCGGGCUUCAGCAGCAAUUGCAUUAAGCUACGGUGCUCAUUCAAAUCUGUGCAUCAAUCAGUUGGUGAGGAAUGGCAACGAAGCACAAAAAGAGAAAUAUCUACCCAAGUUGAUUAGUGGAGAGCAUAUUGGAGCACUAGCAAUGAGUGAAUCCAAUUCUGGUUCUGAUGUUGUCUCCAUGAAGCUGAGGGCAGACAAAAAAGGGGAUUAUUUUGUUCUAAACGGGAACAAAUUUUGGAUUACUAAUGGCCCAGAUGCUGAUGUUCUAAUUGUAUAUGCUAAAACAGACCCCAGUGCUGUUCCAGCUUCUCACGGUAUAACAGCAUUCAUUGUGGAAAAGAAUAUGCCUGGUUUUAGCACAGCACAAAAACUGGAUAAACUGGGAAUGAGAGGGUCAAAUACCUGUGAAUUAAUCUUUGAGGAUUGCAAAGUUCCUGCUAAGAAUGUAUUGGGACAACUAAGUAAAGGAGUCUAUGUGUUGAUGAGUGGCUUAGAUCUAGAGAGACUCAUUCUGGCUGGUGGACCACUAGGAAUCAUGCAGUCAGUCCUAGAUCAUGCUGUUCCAUAUCUGCAUAUCAGGGAAGCAUUUGGGCAGAAAAUUGGCCACUUCCAGUUGAUGCAGGGUAAAAUGGCUGAUAUGUAUACCCGAUUGAUGGCAUGCCGGCAGUAUGUAUAUAACGUAGCAAAGGCGUGUGAUCAAGGACACAUCAAUGCAAAGGACUGUGCCGGAGUGAUCCUCUAUUCCGCAGAAUGUGCUACUCAAGUUGCUUUGGAUGGAAUCCAGUGUUUGGGGGGAAAUGGCUAUAUCAAUGAUUAUCCCAUGGGACGUUUUUUGCGUGAUGCUAAAUUGUAUGAAAUUGGGGCAGGGACAAGUGAGGUGCGCAGAAUAAUAAUUGGUCGGGCAUUUAAUGCUGCAUUUGUUUGAUAAGACUGUUGUAAAGAAGAAUUGAACUUCAGACCAGGAUGCCUUUUCUUUCCAAAUCUUCAAACCAUGCACAACUGUUGCUUUUCACCUGGAUACUAGGCUAUCCACCCCAUUUUUGAAAUUAUUACGCUGCUAAAUUUAAGAAGACACGACUAUUGCAGUGGAACAAAAUAGGCGGUUCAAGUAUAAGAUGUGAAUAACUGCCAUCAAGUCUUAUUGUAGAAGAUUGAAAUUUCAUCCAGUUUAAAACGUUGCCUUUGUGAGAAUCACUGAACUGCAUUUUUUUUCACCUGACUGACGUGUCACUUUUAUGAAUGGAAAUAGUGGGGUUCUAAUACAUCCUAUUUCCAAAAUGCUAGUAGAAUGCAUGGAGAUCUUUGAUUACUGGAUUUUGUGAAAUUUUAGGUCUAUUUGAAUAUAAUUUAUUAAAACAUUGUUAAAAUGUGAGGCAUGUAUUUCUGUGUAUUCUGUCUCAGUAUUAACUGAAGUAUAUUAGCACCACGUGAAGCUUGCAGUUAUUGAUGGACUGCCAUUUCAUGUUUGAUUUGUGUCAGAGUGUCACUAUUUAUCACUUCAGAAGCAAUUAAAAUAUUAGGCAGCUGCUUCACUGGGAGAUUGUUGAUUCUCUCAAAAAUUUCCCCUUGAUUAAUAUAGGAUAUUGCAAGUAGGAAAAGGACCUUUUUUUUUUUUUUUUUUGCUAUGCCAGAGUUUCUGUGGAACAGGCAAGAAAAAUCUAUAUUAAACUCAAGAAGGUGGU